AUGGCGCAUGAGAACCCGUUUGCGCCGCGAUCAAUACCGUGGAAUGGCUACCAGGCUGGACCAUAUCAUGAUGAUAUACCGCCUCUUAGACAGGAGCCUCAACCAAUGUGGAAUCCAGCAGUUGAUUAUUUCACGACGAAACCAGGUCCUUCGCCCGCAGUCCCGCAACAUCCAUAUCCUUACCCGGAUCCAAGGACUCAGUACCACGGGGACUACAUGCCCGCCCAGCACCCGCCUGAUCCGUAUCCAGUAUCUGAGCCCGUCCUUCCGUCUCGAACACGGCGGCGGCCGCCGCCUCCGACGACCGAAGUUCCUUCGCAAGACCAGAACUUUGAGCACCUUCAGAGGCGGCUAAAGGCCAUGGAGAUAGACAACCGUCACGAGAAGAGCUUGCGUCAAGCCAGGAAAGAGCAGGAACGAGCCGAUCGGCAGAAGAUGGACAUGGAAACCAAGUUUGAUCAGUUGCGGAUGGGCAUUGAGAGAAGCUUUAAGGCUGAUAUCCGAGACGCAGUCCAUGACAUCCGAAGAGAGAUCCAGCUAAGUCAAUCCGAGUCACAAUCAGAGCCUGGCAGAAUGCCACCAGGGACGGACAGAGGCAGGAGAGGCUACACCGCACCAGCUCGGUCUAUCCACGGCAAUCGAGGUGUCUGGGAAGGAAGACAGGAGAGGGAGCAGGACCUUUUGAGCCAAGAGUUUGCUCAGUUUAUGGAAGGGAAGAGAAGACUCCAUCCACAGGUAUCCACUCCAGGAGUGGUCUUUGGCAACGGAGCGCAAGCGGGCCCAGGGUCAGCACGAGGGUCCCGGAUGGAUCCUGAAGUGCGGAGCGAAAUCGAGACCAUCAUCUACGACAUGUUUGGAGGGCCUGACAUGGUAGAGCAAUUCCAGCGGCGAGCGCCAUCGCGGUCGGUGAACAGAAGAGCAGCUUCAGACGUCUACAAUCCUCGCACCGCAUCACAAGCCGACCCAUGGGACUGGCACCAUGGGGCCUAUAACCGCGUGAACCCUGCCUUGACCGAUCCAAAUGUCCCUCGACGCUCGCCAGUUCGGGUGACCUUCGAGCAGGACGCCUAUGCCAGACCGAUAGCAGCAACCAAUCGUCCAACCGAUGAGAGGGACUGGUUAGGAGUACCGCCUAAAUCGCGAAAGCUCCGCCGCCGACGAGAGGACGCGGGGGGUGGACCAACUGCUUCUCAGCUGCAGAACGCCGGUCGCCAGCAACCACCACCACCACUUGAAACAAGUGGUGCAAGGCACCAUGCCGGCAUGAGCGCGCAGGAUGCCCGAUUCUGGGGCGAAGUGGUCAACGGUGAGGUCAGCGCCAGCGCCAACGCAAUGGCAUACCAGGAGAACAUAAACAACAACGGAGUGCAGCAAGGUUGGUCAGGCAAUCCGGCCAGACCAUUGACUCAGCGUGACCGGUACAGAAGUGCUGCUACAUACGAAGACGAGUACGCCGGUGAGAGCUUCACGGACGACGAGUCUGACACCUCGGACAUGUUCCCUAAGCGCGAUGCGAGUUAUCCGGAGUUCCCAGCCGGGCACCCGGACCUGAGGCAUCAUGUUCAGCUACCUCGGGCUCCAGACCCUGCGCCGUUUCUUCGACAACACGGGAUUUAG